AUGAUGAAACAAAAUCCUGAAGCAUUCAAGCAAUAUUUCGUGAUGGGACAAGCCCAACAGGUUGAUGCCAACUUCGUUUUUUCACUCAUGAAACCACGUUAUUCAGUUGAUGGCUCAACUAGAAAGAAAAUCGAGGAGCGUGUUAUGGAUAAUUUUCAAGAUUUCCUGAAUUCAUUGGAAGAUAAUGAUGAAAAGGUAUCUGGCUAUUCUGAGGCAGUGUCGUGGAAUUAUGUCGAGAUUGAAGAAAGUUCGGAACCAUCUGCUGAACAAACAAAUGAAGAAUUUCAGGUGGCAGAGAUAACAGUUCCAGGGAUGUUGGGUUAG